AUGAGACUCGAUACCCUCCUAACAACAACCCUCUGGGCCACUACAGCCCUCGCCGCAGCCAAGCCCAUCAUAGAGAACCGAGACCUCGCCCCAGCGACACCCGCAACAGCAGCAAUGCACACCCCCAACGCCGCAGCAUCGGCUACACCCAGUUCUCGGGCGUCGGCUAGCGCCUCUGCCUCUGCGUCGGGUGCCUCGGCGCAGUAUGAGACGAGUAAUGAGGGUGAUGACGAUGAUGAUUACGAUGAUGAUGAUGGUGGUCACGACGAUGGUGACUACGAAGAUUAUGGUGAUGAUGGAUAUGGAAAGGAGGAUCCCAAGGGGGGUGAUGAUGGUCAAGGGGACAAGGAUAAUAGUGAUCCGCUUGAUUUCGUAAGUAUCACCGGUGUCCUUCCUGUUGAGGAUUGCGUUGAAAAAGGGUAA